CUCAGGUUUCAGAGGGACUCAGACCAAACCAGGAGCAGAUCAGGACUGAACUUUGGUCGAGAUGUGGGACCAGACGAGUCUUCACACUCAGAUGUUUGUGGAGCUGAAGGAGCUCAGGGUGCGCUCUGACAGGUGCGAUGAUGAUGGAGGUUUGGAGUGGAGACCUCGGACUCACUGGAGCCAAAGUCUGGACCAAGACCAGAGCCAGGACCUGCUCAGGACCCUGUCUGCAGGUCUGCGGCUGGACCUCGGUCCCAGGACUUGGACCGGACUCGUGGAGGCUCUGGUGGAACGAAUGGAGACUUCAGGCCAGAUCCAAGACCAAGACCAAGUUCGGAGAGUCCUGCUCCUGCCACACAGUGAUGAAGAUUUGGGUGAAGUGAAUGGAAACCGAGGAAGAAAGAAAGACAGCGACCAGGACCGGGGUCUGGACCGGGGUCUGGACCGGGGUCUGGACCGGACCUCAGCGGCUCUGGUUCUCUCUGGUGCGGUCAGUUGUGUGUCCGUCCCUCUGGUGGUUCUGGUUCGUCUCCAGGAUCCGGUUCUGUUCCAGGAGGUUCUUCAGGUCCCGGUCCAGGUCUUGGUCCUGAGUCUGGGACCGACCUCGGAUCAGAACCACGUCCAGACGGGCCGAGCGCUCGCCUCGCUCCUCCGGGACCAGACCGUGGCGGAGGCCGUGUCGCGGGCGCGGGACUCGGAGGACCUCCUGAAGACCCUGAUCCGGACUCUGGACCUCGAGGUUCAACCAAACGUCACCAAAACUCACCGAGAAUUCAACGGCAAAGACCAAGACCUGGCCCCGCCCUCGGCCCCGCCCGUGGACCCCCUGCGGCGCUCGGGGACCCUGUUCGGGGGCCUCCUGAAGGACGUCAGACACAGGUAUCCUCAGUACGUGUCUGACCUGACCGACGCCCUCAACGCCCAGUGCGUCGCCGCCAUCAUCUUCAUCUACUUCGCCGCUCUGUCGCCCGCCGUCACCUUCGGAGGACUGCUGGGGGAGAAGACGGACGGGCUGAUUGGCGUGUCGGAGUUGAUCGUUGCCACGGCGGUGCAGGGUCUGGUCUUCGCCGUGGUGGCCGCUCAGCCUCUGCUCAUCGUCGGUUUCUCGGGGCCGCUGCUCGUGUUUGAGGAGGCCUUCUACAACUUCUGCCAGGCGCUGGGCGUGGAGUACCUGACGGCGCGGCUGUGGGUGGGGCUGUGGUUGGUGCUCAUCGUCGUGGCGACCGUGGCGUUGGAGGGAAGCGUCCUCGUCCGACACGUUUCCCGCUUCACCCAAGAAAUCUUCUCCGUCCUCAUCUCCCUCAUCUUCAUCUACGAGACCUUCGUCAAGGUCUACAAGAUCUUCCUGCAGUUUCCUCUUUCGGGCUGUGUCCAUGACAACGCCUCGGAGGUUUCUGAUUGGUGGAACUCCUCGGCGCCCUCCGAUUGGCCGAACGGCACGGAGCCCUCCGAUUGGCCGCGGCGCCCGGGAGCGACGCCCGCCGACCCGCCGCGCCCCAACACGGCGCUCCUGUCGCUCCUCCUGAUGCUCGGCACCUACCUGAGCGCCUUCUACCUGCGCCAGCUCAAGAACUCCGCCCUGCUGCCCGGACGGGUGAGGAGAACCAUCGGAGACUUCGGGGUCCCGAUCUCCAUCUUCAUCAUGGUCCUGAUCGACGCCAACAUCAGAGACACGUACACCCAGAAACUGAGCGUGCCCAGUGGUCUGGCGGUGACGUCUCCUGAGAAGCGUUCGUGGUUAGUCCCGCCCCUCGGCGCUCGGGGGGAGUUCCCGCUGUGGAUGGCGGCGGCGAGCGUCCUGCCUGCCCUCCUCGUCUUCAUCCUCCUCUUCAUGGAGUCCCAGAUCACCGCGCUGAUCGUGAGUAAGCGCGUGAUGAAGGGCACUGGUUUCCACGCCGACCUGCUGGUCAUCGUGCUGGUGGGCGGAGUCUCGGCGCUCUUCGGGUUGCCAUGGUUAUCGGCCGCCACCGUGCGCUCGGUCACGCACGCCAACGCUCUGUCAAUCAGCGAGCCGGCCCCGCCCCCGCCGGUGGACAAGCACCGCCCACAGGAAGACAAGCCCCGCCCACAGGAGGACAAGCCCCGCCCACAGGAGGACAAGCCCCGCCCCCAGGAGGACAAGCCCCGCCUCCUGCUGAGGGAGCAGAGGGUGACGGGCUUCGUUGUGGCUCUGCUCGUCGGCCUGUCGAUGCUGGUUGCCGGGCUCCUGAGGCAGAUCCCGGUCUCGGUCUUGUUCGGGGUUUUCCUCUACAUGGGCGUCAUGUCUCUGCAGGGCAUCCAGCUCACGGAGCGACUCCAGCUCCUGCUCAUGCCCACGAAGCACCACCCCAAGAGCGGCUACGUCACCAAGGUGCGCCCCUGGCGCAUGCACCUGUACACCUGUCUGCAGAUCACCUGUCUGGCUCUUCUGUGGCUCGUCAUGGCGUCUCCUCUGGCUCUGGCUUUUCCCUUCGUGCUGCUGCUCACCGUCCCCCUGCGCAAACUCCUGCUCCCCCUGCUGUUCACCUCCAGAGAACUGCAGCUGUUGGACGGGGAGGAGCCGGAGGUGGAGCCGGAGCGCGACGAGUACGAGCAGCUGCAGAUGCCCGUGUGACAGGGGCGACAGGAGCGGCAGGAGCGACAGGAGCGACAGGAGCGACAGGAGCGGCAGGAGCGGCAGGAGCGACAGGAG